AUGGGUAAGAUGCAGUUCGACACGAUCGACGUCGAUAAGGACAAUGUGGUCAGCCGUUCAGAGUGGGACAAUUUUCUGAACUCAAUGGUAGUGCAAAGUAAGAACGAAGAAGUGAUGAAGCCUACGGCGGUGCAGUAUCGAAACCUGUUCAUUAGGGUCGGCGCACCCUUUGUUGUCUUCGGCUUUGUCGAUAACUUAAUCAUGAUAUCCGCAGGGGAGGCGAUAGACUAUCACCUGGGGGCCGCAUUGGGUAUCAGUACAAUGGCGGCGGCAGGAAUCGGGAACCUACUGUCGGACGUUGUGGGUACAUCCUUUGGGGGCCUGAUCCAGUCCAUGGCGGAUAGACUCCAUUUACCGCAUCCGCAUAUGUCUGCGUCACAGUUGGAAUUGAAGACUGCGCGAACGAUUAAGCACGCGGCCUGUUUUGCUGGCCUUUGUAUAGGCUGUACUUUAGGCAUGGUACCAUUGCUAGUUUUAUAA